AAUGGCAGAGCAGCUUCAGAGACGAGUUUCCAGGAGAACAUUUGGCAGGCGCUCAGCAAAACUGCCAAAAGCGCCCGAAGGUUAGCAAAGGAACACACGCGGAUGAACAUACACACGACAGGGCUACUUUGGAGGGACGGGGUGGAUUCUUGCUAGACCACUUUUGCGGAAUUGAUUUGUUCAAUGCAGAAGAUCUGAAGGCAGCACUGCAUUCUCCGCUUAUUCAAUUGGUGGCUGCACCACCCACCGGUCCCACAUAGCUCUUGAAAAGCCGGGUACUCAGCAGAUUAAAACGGAAGAGGAGAACGCAAUUCUGCUUUCCUUCCGGACCUGGGGGCCGGAUGUCGGGUGGCUAUAAGUACAGCCUGCAUCAGGCAGCAUACAUAAAACUGAUCCUGCACGCUAUCAAGCAUCCAGCUGCUGCUGUCAAUGGGCUGCUGAUUGGAAAGGUGUCCAGCGCGUCUCCUCAGAAUGACGACGCUGGAGCACAGGCAAUUGUCGCUGCGGGAGGGGCGGUCGACAUCCACGAUGCGGUGCCGCUCUUUCACAGUCAUCUAGAGCUGGCGCCCAUGCUGGAAGUUGCUUUGGCUCAGGUUGAUGAAUAUUACUCGUCUCAGGCCGGCGGCCUCUCGAUCGUAGGGUACUACCAUGCAAAUGAACGGUACAACGAUGCAGAUCUGGGCUCCGCUGCCAAGAAGAUUGCUGACAAGAUUGCUCAAUAUGUCCCGCAGGCAGCGGUGAUUCUGAUUGACAACACGAAGCUACAGAACCUGCGGAAGGAAUCAACAGCUACUCUGCAGCUUUUUACCACCACCGCUCGAUCAAGUUGGCAGCGGAACACUCGCCUGAGCUUGCGGGAUGCUUCGGCGGGAAGUGUACUGGUCGACCACGUGGCGGGAAAGAAGUACCGGAGUCUCACAGACUUCGACGACCACCUUGACGAUGUUUCCAAAGACUGGAGGAAUCUCGACUUCUUCAGAUAGACGGAGCGAAUGCUUCUCGGUAUUUUCACUCAGUAAAUGUGUCUUCAAUUGAGGAAUACCUCUACCACGGACUUUUCCAAGUAAUGAACUGCGCAGUCAUCUUCAAUCUGUCCUGGUCAAUGAGCGACUUUCUGGAGGGUAUUGUGCUAGGCUCUCAACAUGCGCACGCUGCCUGCAUGGAGGAUACAGUAACACGAAGCUACCGGUGUUGUUAAAUGAUCAUGCAGUGGUUGAAGAUAUUUUGGCGGCCAUGCAGGGAACGUUCAUCGGAUUGUAUACGACUUGAUCAAUGAGCCAGGUCGGACUCUGAGCAGCGGCAAAACCUAAUUGUGCAUCAAAAGACUAUAUGCGCAACUAGCUUGAUUUGAC